GCAUUUCAGUUUGGGUUCAGCCGUCUUCGCAGAAAGUAAUACACCUGCGCUAAGAGACCAACGACGUCAACGUCAACGACAACGACGCGCGCUCGUUCUCUGCCUGCCGUCCGCUCUCUGUAUCUGUAUCUCUCUCACUGGCUGUAUUCAUCUCUUCUACGUAUCUCGUGUUCAGCUCGUUGCACGAUCGACAGAGAGAGAGAGAGAAACUGUUAAGUUAUUUUAACGCAUGUUACAUGCAACGUCAGUUGCAAAUGAGACGCCGCUUAAAUAAUUACAAACGGACAAUCGUUUAAUAAUAGAAAUAAUAUAAUAAAAUAUACCGUUACGUUGAAAAACGGUAACAUCAAUAAAACAUAAAUAGUUCCGCACUGUCGCCGCAAUUUCGACGUCGGCCGGAACAACCGUCGCUGUGCAAAUAAUGCGCGUUUUUGUAUAUUUCAAAAUCAAAACCAUAUUCGCCUUUCCAACCACAAAAAGAACGCAUUUCUGAUAAAGAGCGAACUGUUAAGUAUUCGCUUUGUGUGAUUUAAAGAGUGCUGGUAAAUAACAACAAAUACAAAUUCAAAUACAACAAAAACAACAACGACAACAUCAAUAAGCAAUUCAACAAUAUUAACAAAAAAAUAUCCGCUUCGUAAAUUCCCAUACUUAACCAAAGUACCAGAUCCAGCGAUAACGUCACCCACGGGGUCCAGUAUUAUAAAAUAUAAACAAAAAAACAAGUGCUCGAAUCUUUUGUUUCUAAAUACAAAUAUCAAUUAUUAUAAUUGUAAUUCAUUCUGUGCUCUGUUGUGCUGUGUUGUUGCUUGUCGCAUCAACGUCAAGGUUGUAACAGGAGCGGAGAGCAAGAGCCAAAGCUGAGAGCUUUUUAUUUUUUUUGCCAGCCGCUCGACCGAGGAGGAGCUGUCAUCCGUCAACAUACACACACACACAAAUACACACAUAUAAAUAAGCAUAUUUCGUCUCUGUAUUGCUGUCGCCUCUGCUGCUGCUGCCGACUACGCUGCUGCUGCUAUUGCCCGUCCGUUACAUUUUAGUCGCCGUCGCGUCAGCGACGCCGCGUGUUGUCGCCGCGUUUUCGCCGACCUCAAAAAAUACAAAAUAAAACAAAACUAAAACUAUACAAAAACACAUCGUUACAUACAAUAAGAGAGACAAAUAUACAUAUACAAAUAUAUAUAUUAAAACAGUUUGCGCUGUUGUAUAACGCACGCGUGUGUGCAUUGAAUUUAAAUCGUCUCGAAAUUUGCACGCAUUUCCUUUUGGGCAACAUGAAGCGACUGAUGACCUGGGAGCGGGAUCUUGUCGAUGCGAUGUACGAGUACCGACAGACAAGAUUCAGCUCACGACGUGUCCGGAAACGUGUCGUAUUUAAGCAUGGUGAAUGCAACGUGGUGCAGGGGAAUGUGGCAAAGAGACGUCGCCGUUAUCUGCAGUUUAUUUAUCUGUGGCAGGAUAUCUUCACGACCCUCGUGGACGCACAGUGGCGCUGGACGCUGCUCGUGUUCGCGGCCAGUUUCGUCAUCUCGUGGGCCUUCUUCGCCUUCAUCUGGUGGACGAUUGCCUUUGCCCACAAUGACCUGGAGUACAUUCAUCUGCGGAACACACAGCCGGAGCUGAUUGCCAAUAUGACGCAUACCGUGUGCGUAACGGAGGUGAAGGGUAUGAUGACUGCAUUCCUGUACUCGGUGGAAACGCAAACGACCAUCGGCUAUGGCAAUCGCUAUGUGACCGAGGAAUGUCCCGAGGCGAUAUUCACCAUGUGCAUUCAGUGCAUCACGGGCGUCUUCAUUCAGGCCUUCAUGGUGGGCAUUGUGUUUGCCAAGUUGUCGCGACCCAAGAAGCGCGCCCAGACGCUGCUCUUCUCGAGAAACGCCGUCAUCUGCCAUCGGGAUGGGACGCCGUGUCUGAUGUUCCGCGUGGGCGACAUGCGCAAGUCGCACAUCAUUGAGGCGCAUGUGAGGGCACAGGUCAUACGCAAGAAGGUGACCAAGGAGGGCGAGGUGCUGCCCUUCUACCAGCAGGAGUUGCAUGUGGGAGCCGAUGGUGGCGAGGAUCGCCUCAUGUUCAUCUGGCCCACGACAAUUGUGCACAAGAUCGAUCGCAAUAGUCCACUGUACAUGUUGUCCGCCUCGGAUAUGCUCAAGGAGCGCUUCGAGGUGGUUGUCAUGCUGGAGGGUGUCAUUGAGUCCACGGGCAUGACGACACAGGCACGCAGCAGCUAUUUGCCCUCGGAGAUACUCUGGGGUCAUCGGUUCGUCAAUGUGGUGUCCUUUCGCAAGGAGACGGGCGAGUACGAGGUGGACUACACGUUGUUCAACAACACCUACGACGUGGACACGCCACUGUGCAGUGCCAAGCAGCUGGACGAGCUCAAGUCCGAGUACACGAGAAGCACCAAGAGCGGCAUAGUUCCCUUUGCGGAUCGCACGCUCUCAGCGGCCAGCAUGUUACAGCGAAUAGCGUCGGCCGCUUCAGUGGAUCAUUUGGAUCCGGCGAGCGACGAGUCCUUGGACUCGGGUCGCCUGCCAAUUCGCUCGCAUUCCAUACCGAACGGCGUGCUGGCCAGUGAACUGGAGCCGCUGAACAACAAUAACAAGCCCGGCGCCUCGUUCACAAUGGGCGGACAUAACAUCUCCAUAACGACAACGGCGCCGAGCAUACCCAACCUAACAAGUAUUAAUGAGAGAACCAACUCCGGUAAUUCCAUAAACAGCAGCAACUACAACAGCAACAACAACAGCCUCAGUACGCUCAAUGUUGGCAGUGGCACUGGCAGCCAUCAGAGCGUUACCAUUGUGCCCCACUCUGGCAAUGGCAGUAAUCGUACCAAACAGUCAAAUCCCCGUCGACUGAGCAUUAAACAAGAUCAGCUGCCCAUCGAUUCCAUGUGCUGAUAUUAUUUGAGGAACUGCGUCAGAGUCACGUCAAUCCCCCCUCCUCAAGUCUCCCCGCGAUCUGAUGUUGUGUUCUAAGUGUAGGCUCAUAGAAUUCUAAUUACAAAUAGUCUUAAAGAUAAACAAAAAAAAAAAAAAACAAUUCAGAGGGCACUCAAACUGCAGCUCUGUUAGCUGUGAAAACCUAAAAACCCUAAAAAUAAUUGCGAACCCUUAAAUCUAGAAAUCCAGAAGAUUUAUCCAUCGUUUCCUAUCCCCGUGGAUUGCUUCUGGAUUCUGGAUUUUUUUAAUUGCUGGAUAGUCUAUUUUGUUAGUGUUAGCUUUAAUGAAUUUAUUAUACAUAAGCAUUAAAAUUGAUAUUAAAUCUAAAAACGGAACGAUAUGUAUAAAAAAUAUAACAAAUGCAAAUUAUUGAAACCAAAAUGCUGCAAACUUCCUUGUAAACUAUGUAAACGAUAUUAUGUAAAGCUCAUAAAUUAUAUUUAACGUAAUGUAAAAAGAGACAAAAUGUUAAUGAAUUUUAAACCAACUUUUAAUAUAAUUGUUCAAUAUCUCAAUUAAUUACUCAAUGAUUAACUAAUUAUACAAAUACAAUUAAAAAUAUACAUAUACCUAAUAUUCCAAAUUUUAAAAUACGCCGCGAAAGAUGGCUAAAAUAAGAAGAGAGAAUGAAACAAAACAAAUAUGAGCUUCAAUUGUUAUAAUGUGUGGACAAUAAAUGGAAUGAGCAUAUGAAUGUUAA